AUGGCCGAGGGCCAGCAGCAGACAGCGGUGUCUCAGCCGACUGCCCAGGCUACUCAGCAGUCUCAGAAGAUACCCGAUGUUAUUCGAGGGUAUCGUCCCUGCAAGUCCUUCAAAAGCUCAAAGUCAGAGUCCACCUCAAACUAUACUACCUCUCUAGACUUUGAUGACCAGGGCGACUUCGUAGUCGCUGCUGGUGACGACGAAACCAUUCAGAUCUUUGAUGUCAAAGAAGGCAAAUCCACCAAAUCGGUUCCUAGCAAGAAAUACGGUGUUCACCUCGCCCGAUUCACUCACCACUCUCGUCAGGUGCUGCAUGCCAGUACCAAGGUUGACCAUUCUUUGCGGUUGCUCGAUCUUCACAACGAAGGAUAUGUGCGGUACUUCUCCGGUCACACAGACAAGGUCACAAGUCUAGCAGUGUCCCCCGGCAGUGAUGCCUUUAUUUCUUGCUCCAAGGACGACACGGUCACCGUCUGGGAUCUCAGUUCCCGCAACCCACAGGGCAAACUCAAAUUGGCGACCCCAUACCUCGUGGCAUUUGACCCUUCGGCUUCGGUUAUCGCGAUUGCUUCACAGUCUACCUCCUCCGUCCUCCUCUACGAUUUCCGCAAUUAUGACAAAGCGCCCUUUUCCACCUUUGACCUCGCUCCGUUUGAGGAGAUUUACACCCCUUCGACUCGUGGACGUGCCUGGACUAAGCUAGAAUUCUCCAACGAUGGGAAGUUUUUGAUGGUUGGAACCGACUAUCAUGGACAUUACAUACUAGAUGCCUUUGACGGCACGGUCAAGGCUUUCUUGACUGGCAAAAGCGGACCAACUGGUCGCGCUGCCCCAGUGUCAACUACUGGCAAACCUCUGGGUCAAGGCGAUGCCUGCUUCACCCCUGAUGGACGGUUUGUGAUUGGCGGCAACGGAGAGCAGCAAGACGUGCUGGUGUGGGACCUCAAUGAAGUACGAGAGGGACGACACGACAAUGCCGCGUUACAGCCUACUGCCAGACUACCUCACCGAGGUCGGACUGCUCUCAUUGAGUACAAUCCGCGGUUUAACAUGAUUGCCAGUGCCGACAAGGACAUUGUGUUCUGGCUUCCCGACGAACCGCCCCGGCCAUCCGACAAGUAG